AUGGAAGGGAAGGUGGGCAAGGUUCGGCCCCUGAAGGUGCAGUUUCCCGCCAUGGCUGGUGAGGUCGUGUGCAUCAUGGGCCCCAGCGGAGUGGGCAAGAGUACACUGCUGAAGUGGAUCGCCGAUCUCUCACGGUAUGGCAGCGCCAAGAUGGCGGUCGGCACGCGAGACAAAGACACGAUGGCGCCCCAGGAGUGGCGAAGAGAGGUCCUUUACGUCCAUCAGGUCAAAGCACCUUUGCCGGGGACCCCUCGCAAACUCAUCCAGGCCUUAGAGAAGCUCAAAGUUCGGAGCGGACUCCCGGUCUUGGCAGCAGAGCCGGGAAGCCCAGCCCCAGGUUUAGAAGAGAGCAUGUUGGAGAGGUCCUGGUCCGAGCUCUCCGGAGGUGAGGGUCAGAGGAUGAUGUUUGCCAUCGCUCUGUCAACGAAUCCCAAGUGCUUGGUCCUGGACGAGCCGACGAGCGCCCUCGAUGAGGCCUCCAAGAUCCUGGUGGAGGAGGUGCUGAAGAAGCGAGGCAGUGAUUCCUGUGUCAUCAUGGCCACACACGAUGGGAAGCAAGCCGAGCGUGUUGGCACUUCUCUGUGGACCUUCACCCAAACCGCGUGA